AUGUUUAUGCAGGGAUACCUUUUCUUAUAUUCAUUGGCCAUAACGCCAACUCUGGCCUGGACCCAGCCUCGAUUCGGUUCUGUCCCAGGAAACAAUUUCGGUCUGCCACAAAAUGCCUCCUAUGACUACGUCGUCGUUGGCGGAGGAACCGCCGGCCUAACCAUUGCCUACCGAUUAGCCGAAGACGGCAAGAACAGCGUCGCUGUCAUCGAAGCAGGUGGUUUCUACGAGCAGGAUAAUGGCAACACUUCGGUCGUCCCGGCUUAUUGUCCUCGGUACGGUGCUACGACGAUUGAGUCCGCUGCGCAGUAUUCGCUCGUUGAUUGGGGAUUCGUUACGGAAGCGCAACGGGGUCUUGGAGGACGGAGGUUGCAUUAUGGGCGUGGGAAGACUUUGGGUGGGAGUUCUGCCACGAAUGCUAUGAUUUACAAUCGCGGGACGUAUGGCUCGCAACAGCGCUGGGCUAAACUGGUCGGGGAUGAUGCGUGGACGUUCGAUAAUCUGCUUCCGUAUUUCUCUCGCGGCAUCACUUACAGCCCUGGAGAUCCUCAGCUGCGCGCUGCAAAUGCGAGUGUGCCUCCGCCAGCGAAUCCUCUGGCGUUCAAUGGAUCUGGGCCGCUUCAUGUGUCGAAUCCGAACUUUGCUCAGAUCUUUGCGAGCUAUGUGGAUGGUGCCAUGGCGGAGGCGGGCAUACCGACGCAGCAGGACUUCUCUAGUGGUCAUCUGCUGGGAAGGCAGUAUGCGCCUCUGACCAUUUCGUACCCCGAGGAAGAGCGGAGUUCUUCGCAGGCUUCGUAUCUCCGUGCUGCGUUGCAGAGCGGCUGGGAGAAUCUGGUCAUUUAUCCAAAUACGCUCGCGAGAAGGAUUGUCUUCAACGAGAGCAGAGCUGCCACGGGCGUGGAAGUCGAAGCUUCCUCGUACCAGAAUACCAACACGUACGUCCUGAAUGCCACCAAGGAGGUGAUUCUCUCCGCCGGCGCUUUCCAGUCGCCUCAGCUGCUCAUGGUGAGUGGCAUCGGGCCUAGGGAACAGCUCGAGAAACAUGAUAUCCCGGUGUUGGCAAAUCGGCCUGGAGUGGGAGCCGGCAUGCAAGAUCAUCUGGACUUCUCGCCGAUCUACGAGAUCAAUGUCGAGAAUGGCGUUGGUGCGAUUGCUGAUCCUUCAGCAAAUGUUCCUUUGAUCGAGGAGUAUAGAGUCAAUCGGACUGGACCUUUGACUAACGCGGGCGUGGACUACAUAGGCUGGGAGAAGCUUCCCCAGCCAUACCGUAGCAAUCUCAGCGCUUCUGCCGCCGCGGAUCUUGCCAAGUUUCCGGCGGAUUGGCCAGAGGUAAGUUAUCUCCAGUAUUGUCCUAGUUUCCAUGCAGCGCAGCGAACUGACCAGGGUAUUUUGCAACAGAUCGAAUACGAAGUCACCGCAGCCUCACUCUCCGGCACCGAUCCCAGCAAACGUUUUGGAACAAUCCUAGCGAUCCCCGUAACGCCCCUCUCCCGCGGCUACGUCAAAAUCACCUCCAACAGCACCCGGGACCUCCCCCUCGUGAACCCCAACCAGCUCUCACACCCCACGGACCGCGAGCUCGCCGUGCAAGCCUUCAAGCGCGCGCGCAGCUUCUUCCACACAGACGCCAUGAAGCCCAUCCUCAUCGGCGACGAGUACAUGCCGGGCGCCAACGUCACGAGCGACGACGCCAUCCUCGCGUACAUCAUGAAGACGGCGUAUCAGAACUGGCAUGCCUCGUGUACGUGCCGGAUGGGGAAGGCGGAGGAUCCGAUGGCGGUUGUUGAUUCGCACGCGAGGGUUUUGGGCGUGAGGGGGUUGAGGGUUGUGGAUGCUGCGGCGUUUGCGGUCUUGCCGCCGGGGCAUCCUCAGAGUACUGUUUCGCCAAUGUGGAUCGCGGAGCAAUGUUCCAAGCAGAUGAUGGGACAGGAGCGGUUGUUCGUAGAAGAAGAUCUUGGACGUAGGAGAAUAGAGGUUCCAACACCGUAG